UGUGCACUUGUAUCUGAACCCUCUCAGUGAUGUGGGGAAACAGGCACUGUAUGUAAGAGGUGUUCCCAAGAGCCAGAGUGGCAUGAGGGUCAAGGUCCUGGCUUCAGUCACUGAGGGCUCAGACAUCUCAGAGAACUGGCACCCCAUCCUCAAUGUGAUACGAGAGAAUGCCUCAUCCUGGGACCGCCAGCGUGUCAAGCAGCAGCUUCAGGUUUUCCUCCGGGAUCUGGAGUGGGGCCGUCGGCAGCAGCAGAGCUUCUGGAAAAGGCUGCACUUCCGCAGGGUGGAGAAGGGGGUCCGGCAGACUCUACAGAUGCUGGAGAAGGACACUCUACCUCCAUCUACAUGAAACAGCAAAUAGCCAAUAAACACCAAGAGGUGAAAGGGCAAUAUAUGUUUUCAGCAGCAUAUCCGGUUUAAAUCUAAACAUGUCCACACAUGGAAACCUCUGCAGCCAGUCUUAACUGGAUGUGCAAGAAAUACAUUUUUAGGGGUUCAAACCCGAGGAUGCAAUCAAUGCAGGGAGCAAAGUGCUACGGGGUUC